AUGACAGUAAUUCCAACAAAAUCAAAAAUAUUUUCGCUGAUGGAAGUUUCCUUUCACACUGACAUGUCUUCGUGUUGGAUUGUAAUUCACGACAAAGUGUAUGAUGUUACCAAUUUUUUGGACGAGCAUCCAGGAGGAAGAGAAAUCAUUUUAGAACACGCAGGUAUGGAUGCUACAACUGUGUUCCAAGACAUAAGCCAUUCGUUUGAAGCUCAAAAGAUUUUCUCUAGAUAUCAAAUUGGAGAACUAAGAGAGUUUUAUAAAGACAAAAUCUACAACUACAAGCCUAGACUUUGA